GACCACAUAAAUUGAUAGCGACUGUGUGCGAAGCUGUGGUAUUAAUACAUUUGUAACACUAAAGCGUUCCUGUUUUUAUGCAAUGUAUUUAUUCCGAAAUAAACGUGGACAUAUAUUGGUUUUAUACCAAUAUUGAGUCCUAAUAUGGCGACGGUGGUGAUAACGCAGAGCUCAGUCUAUUUCAUCGAAGGAAACAGAUUACCUCCUCAUCUGGCAAAAUAACUGGAUUUUCUUAAUAUGAGUGAUGACAAACCCUUCCAAUGCACUGCUCCUGGGUGUGGACAGAGAUUCACAAAUGAAGAUCACUUGGCUGUCCACAAACACAAACAUGAGAUGACACUAAAAUUUGGCCCAGCAAGAAAUGACAAUAAUAUUAUUGCUGACCAAACUCCCACACCUACCCGCUUUUUGAAGAACUGUGAAGAAGUUGGGCUCUUCAAUGAACUCGCGAGUCCUUUUGAUCAUGACUUCAAAAAAGCAGCUGAAGAUGACAUUAAAAAGUUACCUCUGGAUUUGUCACCUCUUGCUACACCUAUUAUACGCAACAAAAUAGAACCUGCAGCUAUAGACGCACAUAGAGAUAGCCCUCUGCCUCACCCCGAGUCGACUACAAAUGAUGACAAGGACUUAUCUUUGCAGCCAGCCUCACUACCAACAUCCACUAUAGUCCAUCCUGCAUCMCUUCAAGUUCCCAAUGUACUUCUAGCAACCACAGAGGCUAAUGUUGUAAUACAGCAAGCUCUCCCAUCGCCAACAUCUAGCUCUGUUAUUACCCAAGUCCCAUCCACUAAUAGACCUAUAGUCCCGGUGUCUGGCACCUUCCCUGUGCUCUUACAGUUGCCUAAUGGCCAGACCAUGCCUGUGGCUAUACCUGCGUCUAUUACAAGCUCCAGUGUACAUAUUCCAGCUACAAUCCCUCUUGUCAGACCCGUCACCGUAGUGCCUACCGUCCCUGGAAUCCCCGGACCCCCCUCGCCACAACCUCAGCCCAUCCAAACAGAAGCAAAGCUGAAACUCAAAGCCACGAUAAGCCAGCAGCUUCCUCAGGUAACCAAUGGAGAUGGCAUUGAAGUCCAAAGCAGUGCUGUAACCCACACUGCUAAUCCCGCUUCUCCAGCCCCGACCCCGACUCCAGCCCCAGCUGUGAUCCUAACUGCGGCUCCUCAACUGCCUACAACUGAGGAAACCUCCACACAUUCCCUUCAGCAGCCAGCCACCUCCACCACAGAAACACCUGCUUCCCCAGUKCCACCUGUACCAAACCCUCCAAGCACAGGGGGUCGGCGGCGAAGAACCACAAGUGAAGACCCCGAUGAGAAGAGGCGCAAGUUCCUGGAGCGGAACAGGGCUGCAGCUUCUCGCUGUAGGCAGAAGAGAAAAGUGUGGGUCCAGUCUCUGGAGAAGAAGGCUGAAGACCUCAACUCUAUGAAUGGUCAGCUACAGAAUGAAGUCACCCUGCUGAGAAACGAAGUGGCUCAGCUGAAGCAGCUUCUUCUGGCUCAUAAAGAUUGCCCCGUAACCGCCAUGCAGAAGAAGUCUGGCUAUCACAUCUCCGACAAGGAUGAAAGCUGCGAGGAGAUGUCCGUCCCCAGCAGCCCGCAGAACGAGGCCAUCCAGCACAGCUCCGUCAGCACUUCCAACGGGGUCAACUCCUCCUCCUCCUCCUCGUCGACCCCGGCCGUCACCGCCUCGUCCAGCACCGCCGCCGCCGCGUCAAAUCAGAGCACAGAGGAGAGCCAGCCACGGAGGGGCGCCACAAAGUCUCAGCCUUCAGGGAGCUGAUGGGCCCAAACUCUACCCCCGUCGUCCACACUGGAGUGCUGCUGCCUCCGAUCUAAAGCAUUUUCUCUCAGCUUCAGUUCGGACCGUUAACUCUUUAAUUUAUUCUUGAAUGCGUUGUUUUCUGUUGAGUCUGUUUUGUACUUUAUAGGCUUUUAAACGUGCAAUGCUUCUCUGCAACCGGUGAAGACAAAAGAAAAGGCACUUUAGGUGUAAAAUGUGAAACACGUGACUUUGAGCUGUUUUUGUAUUUGUUUGAUUUAUUUAUURAUCUCCUGUACAAUUAUUAUUUUUAUUUAUUUAAAGUCAGUCAGGUGAAGCAGUAGGUUGUUACCAAAGUGUGUUGUUUAUUUGUUUUCUUGAACUUUGUAAGCACUAUCUUGAUGAAGAUACUUUAAUAGAAUUAGUUCAUUGUUCUUCAUUUGCUUUUAUCGUUUUGCACAUAUUUGAGAGAUAACGGGUUUACUUUUCGGAGAGUUUGUUGAGCACUGGCAGCUUUUUUCGACGUCAGUUUAAAAACUGGACAUGUGACACAAACAGACGUGGCUGAAUGAGCUGCUGAAUGUCUGAGCUCACCUCUGCAUGUAAAAUAGACUCAUGGAGGUGAGCUGAUUCUAUUUAUUUCAUUAACAUUCCAUCUGUAGUCUGAUUGUCCCCGAAGCAGUGAUUGUAGGAUCGCAGUACUUUUUUUUUAACUACUCACUUAUAGUGAUGUUGACUUCAUUCAGUGCCAUUAAUGUUUUUGAAUAAACUACUUCUGUACAUUUUUUAAGCAGAAUAGCUUAAGUUGAUUGCUGUUUUCUCAAACAACAUGAUGACUUUAGAGAUGAUUUCUUGCUUUGUUUACUGUGUUUGCUUUAAAAGUGACUUUUUAUGGCUUUAGCGUCUAAUGCAGAACAUUUAGGGACAUUAGGCUGUUUUCAUGAUAGGCAACAUUUUUAGAAAAYGUAAAAAAAUCAUCAAUGAUAACAUUUGUCUGUGAUCUUUCUUGAUAUUAUGUACUUUGUUUUUAUAAGAUUGUAUAAAUUUAGAAGCUGAUCUCUUGAUCACUGUGUUAGCAAUUAAAACUGACCUUAAAUCUCUUAUUAGAAUAAAUAGGUUGUCAUGCUAAAUGAAGAUAAAAUGAUGUGAACUGCAAUCACGUCAUAAACAUCAAUUGCACAACAAAUAAAACGUCAAGAUUUGUGAGCAUUUAAGCGCUUAUAAGAAACAAAUCCCAUCUUUUAAAGUCUGUUUGCCUUUUUCUCUUUAGUCCGUACUUGGCUUACUACUGUGUAGUUUUUAUGAACAGCUGACACAUUGUUUUCUGAAAAAUGUGAUUUUUAAAGUUUUACUGUUAUGUGCUAUCUGCAUGAGAUAACAAUUCUCUGCGAGAAUUUGACCRUUUAUUUAUUAAUGUCUGGACUUAAAAACAGUAAAAAUGAAACAAUUAAAGAAGUUAUGGCAACUUGAGUUGUGAAAGCUUUGGUGAUUUGUUUUACCCUGGCUUUACUGAUACAAACUGGGUGUGAUACUGUGUUGACAGUGUAUUUGUAAUGUGAAGGUUCUGUAUACAAUUUGAAAUAAGUUGUUGUAAUAAACCUUUUAAUGACUCUUUAA